AUGCCAUCCAAUUAUAAUAUCAAACUUGCUCAUGAAGAUGUCUGGACUUCACAUGAUAUUCGUCGGUCGCUUCGUAAGAAGAUCGAAUCGAGACGUGGUUCUGCACCUGUAUCCCAGAUCUACGGCCAUAAAAGUGAAGGAACAUAUCCGACAUACUACUAUCAAGACCAUUGUUCGUCGAACGAUACCGUCGAUGAUGUCUUGGACGAGGAGGAAGAGGCUUAUCACAUCCAUUACUUGCGAAGAUACGGGCAAUUCCGGGAGGGUGGGCUGCCUCAGCAACUAUCUGUUGAAGUGGAGGAAGCCAUCCUGCAGCGAAAGGAACUGGUUAACUUACGGCACGAAGGAGGAAAACGCCGUGUCAACUUUUAUAGGAAUGAAUAUCGGAAGGCCCUGAUUAGCAUUCAACUCUCGGAGGUCCAUCAAUACCAGACUCAGUGGGUUCGGAACAGAUGCGAUUAG